AUGACCGCUUCGCAAAGGCAGCCUCUGAUGAGUCGCUUUCACCACGGCAUCACCGCCCCCAAAGCUGCGAAAUGGGCCUCUGCAAUCGUCUCGCGGCGUGACCCCUCGCGCUUCAUCCCGCAAACCAUCGCCCACCGAGGCUUCAAGGCUUCGUUCCCCGAGAACAGCAUGGCGGCGUUCCGGGCCGCCGUCGAGGUGGGCGCGCAUGCGCUGGAGACGGACGUGCAUCUUUCCAAGGACGGCGUCGUGGUGCUGUCACAUGACCCUUCGCUCAAACGAUGCUUCGGCGUCGAUCUCCUCAUCAAAGACUGCACCUGGUCCUACCUCUCCAGCCUUCGCACCCUCAAGGAACCCCAUGAGCCGCUGCCUCGGCUGGUGGACUUGCUCGAGUAUCUCGUAUCUGGGCCGGAGACGGACAAGAUUUGGGUCUUGCUGGACAUCAAGAUCGACGACAAGCCCGAGGAUCUGCUGCGAGCCGUCGCCUGUGCCCUUACAGAGGUAUCGUCCGCGACGCCAUGGGACGAACGCAUCGUUCUCGGAUGCUGGAACGCCACGUUCAUGAAAGCCGCCCUCGCCUUCCUCCCCGGCUUCCCCCUCGCCCACAUCUCGACCUCCCUCUUCUACUCCCGCCACUUCCUCCCCAUCCCCAACCUCGGCUACAACAUGUUCCAGCUCCUCCUCGUCGGGCCCCUCGGCGGCUGGUUCCUCUCCAAGGCCAAAUCCGCCACACGGCCCGUCUUCGCCUGGACCGUCAACAGCCCAAAGUGGAUGGAGUGGUGCAUCCGCAGAAACAUCCCCAGCACUCCUCCUCCUCCUCCUCCUCCUCCUACAUCGUCCUCAACCCCGUCCUCGUCCUCGGCUUCUUCCCUCUCGGCAGACCCCAAACUCGACUCCUCUCCAACUCCAGCCCCUUCCCCCGUCCUCAUCGACGGCGUCAUCACCGACGACCCAAGGCUCUUCCUCCACGUCUGCUCCCGCGUCGAAGACGACCUCGACGGCAAGACCGACAAGUCCUCCUCCGCCGUCACCCGCCGCCCCAACCUCGGCGUCGUCCUCGGCUCGCUCACCUCCGGCCUCGGCACCACCUGCGGCAUCCUCUUCAUCAACGUCUUCGCCACCAGCUUCUUCUGGUAUAGGCGCCUUCAGGGCAGGGUGGAUAAGUUCGACGUUGGCUUUUUCAAGAAUUUCCAGACUUGA